AUAUACACCCCGGGAAUGAUUUCUUCCCAGUGCCCCUGGCCACCGCUGCUGCUGCCCUCCUCCUGGACUUUCCGUCUCGUCGUAGGCUGUGAAGAAAAGAAACCGCCAACAUGUCGCACGAGAAGAGGAUGACGAUGAGCCGCAAGCAUCAUCUGAAGAGUGUGAUGCUGCAGAUUGCGGCGGGCUGGAUUGAACAGGAGAAGAAGGACAUUAUAGAAGCCAAGAAGGCCUACAUGGCCGAAGCGUGUCCCUCACCCAGCCUGAGCGGAGACCAGGCCGGCCUCAUGGACACCUGCAGGAAGCUGCACGCCCUCAUCGACAAAGUGGAUGAAGAGAGGUACGACCUGGUGACCAAAAUCGGCAAAGGUGAUAAAGAGAUCGACGACUUGAAGAUCAAAGUGGUCGACCUGGCCGGAGUGAAGAAACCCGCUCUGAAGAAAGUGCGUAUGUCCGCCGACGCCAUGCUGAAGGCUCUGCUGGGCUCCAAACAUACAGUCAACAUGGACCUCAGGGCCAACCUGAAGCAGGUGAAGAAGGAGGUGAAAGAGGAGCCUGCAGAGGCCGUCGGCGACUGGCGUAAGAACAUUGAGGACAAAGCCGACAGGAAGAAGAUGUUCGAGACUUCCUAAAGAAGUCAACUCUGCUCUUUCAGUUACUCGGGGCUGUUUCGCACUUUUUAUGGAAUUUAUGAAGUUUUUCAUUCAGUUGAAAUACCUUUUUGUUUCAUUAAAUCUGUAAGUUUCAGCUUGGUCUGUUAUUUUAAGUCAAGAUAGGGAAACAGCUCUUUAAUCUCAGCCUUCCCUCAAGUAUCAUACUUUUAUUCUGUAGUGUGACUUCCUGUUUCGCUCUGCGCUGAUGUUCACUCUUGACAACCUCCUGCUCUUAGUGUUUUUGUAAUAAAUGUAUUUUGUUUCUA